GAGAGAGAGAUAGAGAUAGAUAGGUCUUUAUCCAUAUUUCUAUAUAAAGGACUUUAGAAGCACAAAAUCUUACCACGAAAAACCUGUGCUUCUUUUCUACCUACCUCUCUCAUGGCUCACUAUGCAAAACCUCUCUCUUUUCUCUUGCUCAUUUGGAUAUCCACCUCCCUCCAUGUUGAAGCCAGGGAGAGAUUGUUCUUUAGCAAGGUCACUCACACCACCACCACCACCAACAAUAAUGCCAUGGACUCUGAAUCUCCUCAAUUAGCACCCGCACCCGCAGUGGAAACAAAACCUUCUGAGACAAGCAAUGGCUACGGCCUUUACGGUCAGGAGUCCAACGAAUUUCUUCCGACAACGACAAAAACCACUGCUGCUGCUCCUACGACUACAGUGUCUACUGUCGUCUUUCCGUACGAUGAAAAUGAGAUACAGACCGAGAAGUUAAGCGACGAAAAUUACAAGAAAGAGGAGACGGCGGUGGGGUACACUGACGACGACGACAACAACAACAGUGGCUACUCAUACAAUCAGAACAUGUAUAAUGUCAAUGGCUACACUGGGAACUAUAACGGUCGUAACGGCUAUGUCAUGAGUGAGAAGCUGGGAAUGAGCGAUACGAGGUUCAUGGAACAUGGAAAGUACUUUUACAACGCUAAGAGUGAGAAUAAUUAUUACAGCGCUAGCGGGUACGGUUCGGAGACGGGGAACGGGAACAUCGAAGGUUAUGAUAAUGGUAAUGGCGAGAACGAGUUCGAUUCCAUGGAAGAGUAUGAGAGGCAGCAGGGGUACUAUCCACAGAGCCAAGAAGAAUAUGUUCCUUAGAGAGAGAGAGAGAGAGAGAGAGAGAGAGAGUUGUACGUGUUAUACACAUGAUCAUGACUAAUUUAUGUGUGAUGUAGUGUAGUUUCAACGUGUGCGCUUGGAAUUGUUUUUGUGCUUUGAGAGUCAAAACUGAGAGAUCAUAUACUCAAAUAGUUUUUCAUUUGGGUAUAAUUUGUUGUAGAUCUGCCACGUGUCCUGUUUAGUUUUUCAUAAGGGGAUGGAGUCUCUUGUGCUUCGCUUUUUCUUUCUUUUUCUGUUUUGCUUAGAAACUACUGUGAUCGAUUCUCAUCUUCCAGGACAAAA